AUGGUAUUAACUCAAGCAACUAAUUCUAUUCUUCCUAACCCUAUAAAUAGUGGUAACAAAGAAGGAGUUUCCAAUAUAACUAAUAAAGUUGAGUCAUCACAACCAAGAGUUGUUCCUGGUCAUGAUGCCAUAGAAAUUGAUUAUGAAGCUUUACCACCAAAUGCUUCAUUAAUAGCACAUUUAACUGCUGGAGCUUUUGCUGGGAUAAUGGAACAUACUGUUAUGUAUCCUAUUGAUUCCAUUAAGACCAGAAUGCAAAUUAUUUCAAAUACUCAAGAAUUAAGUAAAGGAAUAAUAAAUUCUAUUUCUAAAAUUAGUAGUAGUGAAGGAGCUUAUGCUUUAUGGAGAGGUGUUUCAUCAGUUGUUUUAGGUGCUGGACCUGCUCAUGCUGUUUAUUUUUCAGUUUUUGAAGCUACCAAGACUUUAUUAGUCAAUCAAUUAACUGCUCAAAAUUACAAUAAUAAAUUAGUCACCGAUGAAAAUCAUCCAUUGAUUGCUAGUGGUGCUGGUAUUGCUGCCACUGUAGCUUCUGAUGCUUUAAUGACUCCUUUUGAUGUUUUAAAACAAAGAAUGCAAGCUUAUACAUCAAUAAAUUCUUCAUCAAAUACUCAAUCAGUUAAAUUAUUCAAAACUGCUAAAAAUUUAUAUAAAACUGAAGGUUUAUCAGCUUUUUAUAUAUCUUAUCCUGCAACUUUAUUCACUUCAAUACCAUUUUCUGCUUUCAAUUUUGGUUUUUAUGAAUACAGUUCAUCAAUUUUAAAUCCUGACAAUAUUUAUAAUCCUUAUUUACAUUGUGUUUCAGGUGCUAUUGCUGGAGGUGUAGCUGCUGCUUUAACCAAUCCUUUUGAUGUCAUUAAAACUGCAUUACAAACCAGAGGUAUAUCACAAAUCCCAACCUUACAAAAGAUUAAAGGUUUCAAAGAUGCUAUCAAAGUAUUAUACAAAGAAGGAGGUUUAAAGAUUUUUACCAGAGGUUUGAAACCAAGAAUCGUUUUCAAUGCUCCUGGAACUGCUAUUUCAUGGACUGCUUAUGAAAUGGCUAAGGAAAUCUUAUUGAAAAAUUGA